CUCUGAGCCUCUUAGCCGGCUCUGCAGCUUGACAGAACCUUGUCUCACGCCAGACGUCAGGAUCUUGCAUCUCAACCAGCUGCCUCACAAUGCCAGCCAACGAAAGGACGCCCCUUGUGGGCAACAACGACUCCAAUGACAACGGGCUACCCAUGCACCGCCCUCAGUCCUAUCCGUCGGGCAACAGCAUCCUGAACCCACCCGAGGGUCAUCCCAACACGCUCUCGUCCUUCUGGUGGCUCUUGACCAACUCGUGGCUAAACCUCCUUCUCGUCUUCGUACCCAUGGGAAUCGUAGCUGAGAAGCUGCACUGGCCUGCAGUCUGGAUCUUCUCUCUCAACUUCCUCGCCAUCAUCCCAUUGGCGAAGCUCCUCGGUGAUGCCACUGAGCAAUCAGCGCUCAAGCUGGGCCCCACGCUCGGCGGCCUACUCAAUGCUACAUUCGGCAACGCCGUCGAGCUCAUCGUGGGCAUCGUCGCGCUCAUCCAGGGUCAGCUGCGCAUUGUUCAGCAAUCUUUGAUUGGUUCUAUCCUGUCGAAUCUGCUCCUCGUCCUCGGCAUGUCUUUCGUUUGCGGAGGUAUCCAUCACGCCGAGAGCACCUUCCAGCAGACGGCUGCUCAGGCAUCCGCUAGUAUCAUGAUGCUCAGCGUUGUCGCUGUUGCGCUCCCCGCUGCUUACCAAGGAGGCAUCAGAAUGAACGCCCUCUUCGGCCCUGACGCCGGCAGUGAGCGCGCUCUCGCCCUCCUCAAGGAGGACCCCGCAGAGCAUGGCAUCAUCUUCAUCUCGCGCGGUACAUCCGUCGUCCUCGUCCUCGUCUACUGCCUAUACCUCGUAUUCCAGCUGCGCACCCACUCUUUCCUUUACGACGCCGAAGAAGACCAAGAGGAGGAGCCCGAAAUCCCCGAGAUGACGCCUCCCGCAGCUGUUGCAGCCCUGGCCCUCAUCACGGUCAUCACAUCCUUCUCCGCCGACUACCUCGUAGGCGCAAUCGACGAGACGGCGCAAGAGUACUCAAUCCCCAAGGCCUUCAUCUCUACCAUCCUCCUCCCCGUUGUGGGCAACGCGGCAGAGCACGUUACGAGCUGUGUGAUGGCCUACAAGGGCAAGAUGGAAAUCGCAAUCGGCGUCUCGGUCGGCUCGUCAAUCCAGAUCGCAAUGGGUCUGCUCCCCACGCUGGUCAUCAUCGGCUGGGCGAUCGGGCAGCCUCUGACCUUGUACUUCCAGACGUUCGAGGUCGUCAUCUCGGUCAGUGCAGUCGUGCUCAUCAACAGCUUGCUUCAGGAUGGCAGGAGCAACUACAUGGAGGGGGCGAUGCUGCUCGCGCUUUACGCCGUGGCGGCACUGAGCUUUUGGGUUGCGCCGUCGUGAUGGUGACGGUGGAAUGGAGGAGCAAAGUGAGGCAAUGCCGGGGUAUCCAUGGGAGACGUCGCAGGAUUUGUUGCACGUCAAGGCAGAGCCUAGAGUGGCUUGCCUUGGCGACCUGUCAUGUCAUGCUGUCGACGGCAAAUAGGAAGAAAGCAAGAAUUGAGGGGGGAGAGGUAUGUGUAGCGAGA